AUGGGUGUAACGCUCUCUACCAUUAUCUUAAAGCAUCCGGGUCUAAUCAGGGUUGAUUUAGGAGUGAAAAAUGUCUAUAUUAACCAGCCGACAACUUCUUUUGCGCCAGGAAGAUUGAGACUGCAUUUCAGCAUCGAAGCGGGAGAAUUGACAAGACCCUUUGCACGAUUUAGCAUACGAUCCAAUGGGAACAUAUAUUGCAUUCAUGUAACUAUGUAUAGAGCUGCUAAAAUCCCGACAGAGACAUGUCUCAAAACCAAAUGUUACAUCUCUGCUAUGGAUAUCUAUAUUGGCCCUACUCCCGAAUAA